UUAAUCUCAGACUAAUUCAGCUGCUUUUGAAGUGAGUUUUUCUACCAGAGCCAGUGUCGGGAGGACUAGCGGACGGACCUGCUGGGAGACGCAUACCGAUCUGAGCUCUAUGAUGCAGACAGUGCUCCUGAUCGGUGAUAUCCUCGCUUUCUGCUUCUAUCGCUGCCUCUCUUCAUAAGGAUUAUACACAGCUCGCACGUACUGGGACUCGUUUUAAACUGCAUUUGCGAAGACAUGUUUAUUUGAUUUUCAUUUUUGCAUAUUUUUUUUUUAGUUUCGAUAAAUGCAUUUCCUACUAUUCAAGUGAGAAUUGGGUCAUGAUCACAUCGCCCUCGAUCUCUACUCUAAGAAAUAACAUUGCUAAUCAAGUCUGGGAAAAGAGCGUCUCUGGGAAAAACAUCUCCGCGACUAUAAAUAAGCCCUUUCUUCACUCCGUUCCUCCUUCGGACCCUCUACGGCAAGCUAAUCGUCUACCGAUCAAGGUUUUGAAAAUGCUUACGGCACGGGCAGGACACAUUUUGCACCCAGAAUACCUUCAACCAUUGCCAUCUACACCAGUUAGUCCUAUUGAGUUAGAUGCCAAGAAAAGUCCAUUGGCCCUUUUGGCACAAACGUGCUCUCAGAUCGGUAAACCGGAUCCUCCGCCUUCUUCGAAACUAUCAUCGGUAACGUCAAACGGAUCUACUGAAAAAGAGUCCAAAUCCGGGCCGUUAAAAAUGAGCGACAUCGGAGCCGAAGAUAAAUCUAGCUUCAAACCGUACUCGAAAUCUUCGGAAAAGAAGGACUCGUCCUCGGGGGUUUCUUCUGGAGAUAAGUCUGGUUUCCGAGUACCGAGCGCCACCUGCCAGCCAUUCACGCCAAGGACAGGCAGCCCGAACUCCUGCACCUCGGCGUCCCCACUCCCGUCGGAGGCCAAAACGGGAGAUCGGGAAGAAAAGAAGGAGAGCGACUCGAAUAAAAAUAGCACGACAGAGGGCUCCGGCACUACGAGCAUCAGUCACAGCAGGAUAAGCGUUAGCUGCGCUGGAAUUAACGUGGAGGUCAACCAGCACCAGGAAACCACGCCGGGAUCAAAGCCCAUCACUUCAGACUCCUCUGUGGUAUCCUCGGCUUCAUCUGUGCUCGGAUCUGGGUUAGUGGCCCCAGUUUCCCCGUACAAACCGGGCCAGACCGUUUUCCCUUUGCCACCUGCUGGCAUGUCAUACCCUGGGACUUUAGCGGGGGCCUACGCCGGCUACCCGCAACACUUCCUGCCUCACGGAGUGACUUUAGAUCCAACCAAAUCCAGCAGCCACCUAAUAAACGCACAGUUCGCCGCUGCGAGCUCGCUGGGCUGCAGUAAAGCGGGAUCGAGCCCUUUGGCUGGAGCUUCUCCGCCCUCCAUAAUGUCUGCCAGUCUAUGCAGAGACCCGUACUGCCUGAGUUACCAUUGUGCAAGUCAUCUGGCCGGGGCGGCCAGUGCGUCAUGCACGCAUGAUGCUGCAGCCGCCUCGGCUCUCAAGCAGGGCUACCCCCUCAUGUACCCGACGCACCCGUUACACAGCGUCCACUCCUCGCCGCCUUCUUUCGCUGGACACCCUUUAUACCCGUACGGCUUCAUGCUGCCCAACGACCCCCUGCCGCAUGUCUGCAACUGGGUGUCGGCGAACGGACCCUGCGACAAGCGCUUCUCGUCCUCCGAAGAACUGCUCAACCAUUUGCGGACCCACACUGCUUUCACGGGCACGGAGAAACUGAUAUCCGGAUACCCGAGCUCGUCGUCCUUAGCUAGUGCGGCAGCUGCCGCCAUGGCCUGCCACAUGCACAUGCCCCCAACGGGAGCUCCUGGUAGCCCGGGGACGUUGGCACUUCGAAGCCCGCACCAUGCGCUCGGACUAAGCAGCCGCUACCAUCCCUAUUCAAAAAGCCCCUUACCGACCCCCGGCGCCCCCGUCCCAGUCCCCGCAGCCACAGGUCCAUAUUACUCUCCAUACGCAUUGUACGGACAAAGACUUACUACAGCAUCAGCGCUCGGAUACCAGUAAAAAGACUAAUGGUUUAAAAAAAAAAAUGAAAGACGUAAAUUUAGACUUUUAUAUUGAAUGUCCAUUUCUGGACUGGAUCCGUAGACCCAUGCAUUGUAUUUAUUUGUUAGCUUAAAGCGGGACAAUAAUAAUUAUAAUUAAUGACAAUAACGAUAACUGAAAGAGAAACUCAAAGUGCAUUACUUCUAAACUAUAGAUAAAGUGAAAACGCCAAUGGUAGAAUACGAAUGAUAGUUCGGGGUUUUUUUUCCAUUUCGAUGUUUAUUUGAAAUUGAUUGUAUUGUAUGUUCUUAUUUAAUGUCUCCUUGAAAAAAUAAUUUACAUGCAUGUUUGUUACUAAAAUCCCGGCUUGUCCUCAUUUUAAAUUGCAAUUAUUUUAAAAGUGUAUACCAUGAAAGAGUGGGUUUUUUUUGUAUGUAUUCUGAAAAGAUUUUAUUCCAAAUCCGUGUUUUUCGUUUCCUACAAUCGCUUAAUGCACUCAAGGAGAAAGUAAUUGUUUAUCUUUUUUUAAUCUUCCCCCCAGUUUUUAUUAUUUUGGAAAAACACGAAAUUCUAACUUUUUGCCACUUUGCUUAAUGGAGAGUUAACGGGGUAGAUGCACUGGAACUAAUUGCAUCCGUCGUCCGCUGAAUUGUCAACAGUCCUAUCUCUUCACGAAAUGUUGCUAUUUUUUCUGAAUACUUGAGAUAUUGGUUGUGUGUUUAAAAUGUGAGUCAUUUUCUGAGCACGGAACUUCUCUAAAUGCCUUUUUUUCUGGAAACAUUUUGUUUUCAAAUUGGCAUCGAUGCACAUUGUCCGUACGGAAAAAAACUCAUUUGUAUGAAAAUAAUAAACUAUCCAGUUAAAUUCUUCGAAAAAA